ACGCGCUUUACGUUCUGCAGACACGCGCAAUGAUAGCCGGAAGCAUAGAUGGGAGGAAAAUAAAAAUCGAUUAAAUCCACUGUAAUUCGCGAGUAUAAACCUCUCACUUACUGUCCUUUUAGCGACCGCGGGCUCGAAAUUUUCAGUCUUUUACACUGUAACUGUGCCGGAGAGACGACAGAGAACAGAAAAUCUGCUCUAUUUGAACGAAGUUGCUCGGUAGGGGUUUAGCUGACGUGUGGAGAAGUUGAGACUGCCAGAGAGCAGAUAAACAAACAUAAACAAGCAGAGAUCAGCUGGGCGCCUGUCCGAACCGAACCAGCAGCACGGAGAGAUGGCAGGGAGAGCCAGAGUCCUGUUUUAAAGCCAAGAAUGAUCCGCAGGAGACCGUGACUUACAGUGAUAUUUGCUCCAUGUCAACUGUCAACACUGGCACACAAAGAAUUUCGGAAACACAACACGAGGAGCAGCCAUAGGCUUUAGCAGGAAAAAAAAUCCACUGCUAUUGUCACUGUCUCUUUGUCAAGGCACAGCCAGGUUAGCAUGGACAGCCAAUGAGUUUACCCUGCAGGGCUCAGCUGUAAGGAAGCGAACACAGUGCAAGGAGACAGAGAUCUGUGCGGCUAACUGGUGUCAAGAAGUGUGGAAAAGAACAUGGCCCACCAGUCAACCCCUAGUUCCCAGAAGGCCCUCAUGAUGGAGCUGAAGUCUCUGCAGGAGCAGCCAGUGGAAGGCUUCCGCAUCACUCUGGUGGAGGAGUCUGACCUCUACAACUGGGAAGUGGCCAUCUUCGGCCCCCCGAAUACCCUGUAUGAGGGAGGCUACUUCAAGGCUCACAUCAAGUUCCCAGUUGACUACCCAUACUCCCCACCGACCUUUCGCUUCCUCACCAAGAUGUGGCACCCCAACAUCUAUGAGAAUGGAGAUGUGUGUAUCUCGAUCUUACAUCCCCCUGUUGACGAUCCUCAGAGUGGGGAGCUGCCCUCUGAAAGGUGGAACCCCACCCAGAAUGUCAGGACCAUCCUGCUUAGUGUGAUCUCUCUGCUCAACGAGCCAAACACCUUCUCCCCAGCCAAUGUGGAUGCCUCAGUUAUGUUUCGCAAAUGGAGGGACAGCAAAGGCAAGGACAAGGAGUAUGCAGAGAUUAUCAGAAAGCAAGUGAUGUCAACAGCAGCAGAGGCGGAGCGCGACGGUGUCAAAGUGCCCACCACGCUGGCCGAGUACUGCAUCCAGACCCGGGUUCCUUCUCAGGACCGCAGUUCAGACCUUCUCUAUGACGACCUCUACGACGACGACAUGGAAGAGGAGGACGAGGAGGAGGACGAGAGUGAGAUGGAGUCUGUAGGUGAAGCCGGGGGAAUCGGCACCGUGGAGGACUGCGGGACGUCCACCAGAUGUUACGACAACCAGGACGACUCUGGCAACGAAGACUCGUGAUGAUCUGGAUGAUAACUUCUUCCUGCCAACUCCACCACCCUUCUUCUUUUUUUUCUAUAUGUGUGUGUGUGUGUGUGUGUGUGUGUGUGUGUGUAUGUGUGCACAUGUAUAUUUGCACAUACAAUGGGGUCAAAAGACUACUGCCAAAAAAAAAAUCUUUCAUCAUUUAUUAAACUAAUACAAGCGUUGGGUCAAAUGCAAUUCCUUUGAUGCUGUUACGUAACUUUUCAGCAAAACGUUGUAGGUACUGUUCUCGCUGAAAGCAGAAUUUGGCGUUUCCACCGUUUGCCUUAAUUACAGCUCGCACUCUGUGUGGCAACAAAUGUUUUAUUUCUCCAGCACUGUUUGAGAGUGUCCUGAAGGUGUAUAUUGAUUUGAAAACAUGUUUCACAUUUUUAAAAUGUGCCAUGGAGGAGUUUGAGGGUCUGGCCUUUUCCUCAUUACCAUAAACCACAAAGAUGGCGUGCUUCUGCAGACUUGAGCAUUAGAGUGUUUCUUUAUUGUUAGCAUGUGUUCAAUCGCAUCCAAGUCACAAAGUAGAUUAUGCCUCGCUGUAUUACAAUCUCAUUUACACAGCUGCUCACAUACCUUACUUUACGUUAUUUGGUUGUGGUUAAGUUUAGCCUUCAGCCAUUAAAUUUCAGUGUUGUCUUGCUAAACCAGUCAUUUUGUUUUAGAAAGAGUAGGUUGUUAAAGUCACACCUUGGUUUUAGGAAAAUCAGUUUAGCCAACAGCAGCAAUGACAUAAUAAAUAUUACGGUGUAGUAGGCAUACACAUAUAUUUGAAUCCUACUAGAUACACGGUAAAACAAAAUCUCCCAGUAUAUCAAUAUUUCCUGAUGCACAUCUCCUAAAGCUAAAAGAACACUUUGAUUUUGAAUAUCAUCCUGUAAGUAAGCAAAUUGUCUUAGCUUUGAUAAAUGAUGAAAACAAAUAGUCCUUGUGGUGGUCUCUUGAACUCCACUGUCACUGGCCAGCCCCAUGACGGAUUGUUUGGUUUUGGGUUGGAAGAAAGGUUGGAUUUAUCCACUGUGUCUGUCCUUGUUGCUGUUUUUAUGUGUUUAUUUGACCGUCACUUGUAUUUUCUCAGAAGGCUCACACAGGCUGGUUAAUGGACACUUACCCCUUUGGCUCAUUAACCAGUCGAUGAGCUGGUCGGCUCGUCACGUCACAGCCGUUCAUUGUGCCCCCCCGGCAGAAUAUCUCUGUCCCAAACGCUUGCCUGUUCGACUUUGAUGCAAUCAACCUAAACGUGCAAACGCAGGCUCUGGCGGUCCACCUUCAGUAGUACCCUCAUUUUCCGGCGAAGCAGCGUUAUUUCAUUAAGGGGGAGGGGGAGAAGAGUGUUCUCGUAUAGCCUCCUGCACCUCUCUCUGCCUCGUAAACCUCAGGGCCUCAACAGACUUUCACUGAGAGAGAAAAAGCAAAGAGAAUCUUAAGACACACCUGCUCCUCACCUCCGCCUCCUUUUCUUUAUGUCUCACUUGGUCUCAUUAGAGGGCUAAGAUUGCUCUGAAAGUUUCCGAUCCCUCUUCAAGCAUUUACUCAUCACUGAAUGUUACUGUUAGUGCAGACUGGGGUCCGUUAAGUCAUUCUGUUUUCGGUAGGGUAAAGAAAAUCAAAAUGCAUCUCUUUCUCCCCAAUGCAAUGCUCGCAUUAUGUUGCGAUAGAUGUGAAAAUCUUCUCUUUUUUUUUGUGCCCUGUGACUCCCAAUUGAUGCUUCAAUGCAACUUAUUGAAAACUGGAUGUUGUUACUGUGCUACACCACAUCCAGAGUCUUGUUUAUCGACAGGGACAAAGAUCAACAUGCAGCUUAGAUACACAUUUGCAUUUGAAUGAAUACGACACUGAUUGCCUGUUAUCCCCGUGUGUAUAUUUACAUUUGCUAUUCAUAUUGACUAUGAUGUCAGGGUUUUCCUUUGUUUCAGUAGUCCAGUUGAUGAACCAUUCAGUUUGUAGGCACUUUGUUCAAGUGCUGUUUCUGGAGGCGUGAAUCAUCUGAGGAUUUGACUGAUUUAAACAAAAAAAAAAAAAAAAAAACGACACACAUUUUGAGUAUUAAGCUUCUGAACACACUGAACAGUGUCAUUGUGUCGCAUCGAGUAAACCACGCAUUUUGAGCUAUGUUUUAAGAACCAGUUGCUCAUUGAACACAGUGGAGCACUGGGGUUGUGACUCCAAUGGAUGGAUUUUAUGCCAAGGAAAACAAGUCCAGCCCCACAUUCAUUCAUUUUAAAGACUAUGGACGAAUGGAUGCAUGUAAUGGAUUUAAUGCAGAUUGAGUAGACUCUUAGAGACAUAACCUUUUGGAUUUUAAUGUGAAGCCAAAGGAGUGAAGUAUUGUCUCCUGGCCUUGUGCUUUGGAGGUUCGCAAAGACUGGAUUCUGUUGAGAACGGCGACAAACAAUAUUCACUCCUAAACCAGACUUUGAAUGGAUUUGAUACCAAGCCACAAGAGGAGGUGGAAAUAUGAUUGAGAUUCUGGACUUCUUCUUGUUGUGAUCACCAUUUUUGCCCAUCACCAUGUAGAAAGAAGUAAGCUUGGUAGUAAACAAUGGAAAGUACAAAUCUCACAUGUGUCUGCUAAAGAGAGAGCUGAACAUUUUGGGAAAUGCAUGCUUUCUGAUGCUGAUGAUUGAUAUGAGAACAUUUAAAUUUUGGAUUAUAAUCAAAGGUUAUUAAUUAUUACUUUUGCUAAUUUAACAAAACAUCUUUAAGAAAUGUAAAAAUGAAUUGUUAUAUCAAUCUUCUAGUCUCACUCUCAGCACAAAAAACAAAUAACUGCAUUUCCUAAAAUGUCACGAAUGCUUUUUGCCAGGUUUUUGCCUUUCACCCAAAAUUUAGAAAUCUGAAUUCACAUUAGAGAAAUAAAUAGAUCUAGAGUAGCCCUUUUGGUAGCAAUUUGAUGAUCAAUUUAAUCAGCUUCAGUAUUAGAACUCUCCACUUCUUAAAUAAAACGUAUGCCUUCUUUUUAUCCUGAGGGGAGAUGGAGAAAUGCUAAGAAGGCCACGGACUAUUAAUGCUAAAGAAGAAGAAACAAAAAAAAAGAAAUGAUUAAAUAAAAUGAGUCACAAUCCAUAAUUUUAACAUGUUAUUCCACACGCAGUUGCAUAGAAAACUGAAUGAAAUCAUUUGCUUUGUUUAUUCUCUGUGUGUGAGUGUGAAUCACAGGCGUGUAUUUUCUAAAGUGUGGGUGGACACAGUGAGGUCAUCCUGAGACAUUGGCAUGGUCCCACACUCUGCUGAUGGAGCUGUCCACAAUGGUACCACAGUCUGUCCACACCUAAUGAUGUUUAUGCUGUCCUUGUCGGUUUCAUCUUAUUUCAUUUUUUUUCCCAUCAUUUUGUUUGUGAGGAUGCAAAUGUCACUCAAAGUUUCUAUUGUUCAAAAAAAAAAAACCAGAAAACAGAAAAGGAAAAAAAAGAACAUGACCUUGUUGGAUUUUUGCAAUAUGGCUCAGAUAUCUGUUGCUGCUAAGCCCACAUGUCAUGAAAAAUGGACAACACAGCAAGUUUGAUUUUUGACUAAAAUUAGGAGUGAUAUGCAAAUGGAUAGUAAUGGUGGUUCAGUUUGAAAAUCAUAAGAAAUAAAACAGUAUGUCAUCAAAGCCUA